AGGGAAGAUGGAGAGAUCAAAUCACUUAGAGAUCACGGUCAUCUCUGCUGAGGCGCUCCGAAUCCACAACCAUCCGAUCAAGAACACCUACGUUAAUGUCGGAAUCGACUCCCACAAUUGCUUAUCGACAGCCCUCGACCGCGAUGGAGGGAGUUACCCGUCUUGGAACGAGAAGCUCCGACUGGCAUUGCCGCCUUCCGCCCGAUCGAUCACCGUCGUGGUGCAUUGCAAGACUGCAUCUGGAUUAAAGACGGUCGGGACAGCCAACAUUCCAACGUCGGAUAUUUUAAAAGAUUACGUGCCGGCUCACCUCAUUCACUUCCUCAGUUACCGGUUGAGAGAAUGGGAUGGGAGACCUAACGGGAUCAUUAACUUGUCGGCUAGGAUGGUGGGCCCAGACUAUGUGGGACGGUCGAUGAUGGUGAAGCCGUCGGCACCAGUGCAGGGAUUGUCCAAUGCAGGGGAGAAAUAUGCUGGGGUGGCGGUUGGAAUUCCAGUUUCUCAUGGUUGCAGAGUAUAAGUUCGGAAGUGGUGGUGUUUGGAUGUCACACUUUUGCAAUGCAGGAGUUAACGAUUGG